CUUCACAUGGGGAAACAAGCAGAGGAGCAGCAGAAGUAUGGAGAACGGUUGGCUUAUCUGCAGAGCUCUUUGGACAAACUCAAUGAAGCGGUCAAGCUAGCUAAGGGUCAACCUGACAGCGUGCAAGAGGCCUUGAGAUUCACCAUGGAUGUUAUUGGUGGAAAGUUUAAUUCUGCCAAAAAGGACAACGACUUCAUUUAUCACGAGACAGUUCCUUCUCUGGAGACUCUGGCCUCAGUCAAAGGGGCACCGCUGGUGAAAGCUCUGCCUGUCAAUCCCACCGACCCCAGUGUCACUGGACCAGACCUUUUUGCGAAACUGGUGCCCAUGGCUGCACACGAAGCCUCUUCUCUGUACAGUGAGGAGAAAGCCAAGCUGCUGAGAGACGUCAUGGCCAAAAUCGACAGCAAGACUGAAACUCUAGAGCAGUUCAUGGACUCUCUGGGCUUGGAGCCAGAGUCUGUUGACAACCUGGACAUGUACAACCACAUACCGCCGGUUCUGAUGGAGAAGUGUGCUGCGCUCAGCGUUCGACCAGACACCGUCAAGAGCCUCAUUCAGUCCAUGCAGGUUCUCUCAGGCGUCUUCACCGAUGUGGAGUCUUCACUGAAAGAGAUCCAAGAUGUCCUGGAGAUGGACGAAGCCGGCGAGAGGGCCCUCCAGGAGGUUUGUGGUCCCGCUGCAGCCGAGUUUCACCCAGCAGCGCAGAGCCAGGCCCUGACUGAGAUCCGCAGGGACCUGGAAAAGUACAUGGAGGUCCACGAGAAGGCCAGUUUUACCAACACUGAGCUCCACAGGGCCAUGAAUCUCCACAUCAGCAAUCUGCGCCUGCUUGGGGGGCCGCUGGAGACCCUGAGAGAGGCUCUGCCUAGGCCUCAGCUUAGUGAAGAGGAAAUGGCAGGACUGCAGCGUAUGAAGCGGAUCCUGGGAAAAGUGCAGGAGAUGAGGGAACAGAGAAACUCUUUGGAAAAACAGCUUCGCGAUCUCAUCCAGCAGGAUGACAUCACUUCUUCACUUGUCACCGCAGAAAGAGCAGAUAUGAAGCGUAUAUUCGAGGAGCAGCUGAAGAAAUACGAGCAAGUGAAAGUUUAUAUCGACCAGAACCUCGCAGCGCAGGAGAACAUCUUAAAGGCCCUGACCGAGGCGAACGUUCAGUACGCCUCGGUACGCAAGGGCUUGAACCAGACUGAGCAACAGUGGAACAGUACAGUUCAGGGACUGGUGGGUUCCUAUGAAGCCUACGAAGACCUGAUGAAGAAAUCACAGGAGGGGAAAGAGUUCUAUGAUGACCUGGAGACAAAAGCAUCACGUCUGCUGGAGAGAGCAAAGACCCUGUUCCAGACCAGGGCAGAAGAGAGGAAGCCCUUGCUAGAAAAAGAGACCCAAAAGAAGCCCCCCGCCCGGCCUACUGCGGCUAAGCCCUCCCUGAAGCCGAGGGUUUCUGACGUUGACUCUGCUUCUUCUAGCAUAGAAGAUCCAGAGUUGGCUCAGCUCAGUGCUGCCAUCUUGGCCUUAGGAGGUGACCUGCCUGAAGAUCUCCGUAGUCUCCCUCCUGAUAUUCCCUCCCUUCCCACUGCCGGUGGUCGUCCGCCCGGUCCUGAAGCCUUCAUGCCUCCUGGUGCUAAACUCGGUUGCAGUUCCUCCCUGCCUUGGCCUGGUGCUCCAGCUGCUGGUCUUCCUCACUUCCCUGCCAACCUGCCACCUCCGGAGCUCCUGGCAAGGAUUGCUCACUUUCCGACUUCAGGGCCCAUAGCAACACAAGGACCCCUGCCACACAUGCCCCACCCUCAUAUGACCCCGCAGAGGCCUCCACAAAUGCCCCCCCAGCCAUUUGUUCCUGGUUAUCGUCCACCCCCUCCUCAAGCUCCACAACCAGGUCCCGUUGCCCCCGUCCCGGUCCGGCCCUCAACCACAACUGUAGACAGCAUUCAGGCUCCUAUCGCCAGCUACACCCCCACGCCACAUCACCCUGUCCCACCUGUAGCCCCAGCUGGAUACACAGUACCACAGAUCGGACCAUACCCCCACAUGAUACCACAACCAGGAGCUCCCAUUCAAAGCAGGGGCCAGACUCCUGUGUCCCAACCACAGCAGCAGAAGCUUCCACAGCAGUACCCCCAGCCCAUCGGACAACCUCUCCCUCAGGGCUACCAACCUGGCCCAAGACUUCCUGGUCCUCCAGUUCAGCCCCAACAAGUUUACUCUCAUGGAUAUAUGCCCCCACAGCCUGGUGUUCCUCCUCAGUACCAGCAAGCGUUUCCUGCUCAGUUUCAGCCGCAUCAACAAAAUGGUUUUCCUCAGCAGUCUCAGAUACCCCAAGGCUAUCAGACUCCACAGACCUUUGUACCCCAACAAUCCCCUCACUUGAUGCCAGGCUCCAUGCCAAGGCCACCCCAGACUGCACAUCCACCAACAUCUGCAUCUUCUCAGCCUGGGCCUCCAAUUUCUACUGCGUAUCUACCCUAUCCCAACCAACAGAUGCCCCCUCGACUCCCCCACCAACAGAUAGUGCCACCGCAGCAACAAACCCCGAUCGGUCCAAAUGUCCAGCAAAUUCUGCCUCACAGACAAAUGCAAAUACCAGGUGCUCACAGAGCACAGCUGCCCCCUACAAGUCAGACGAUGCCUCCAGCGUCACUUAAUUACAUUCCUCCAUCCAAUCAACCAACCCCUCCCACCAUGCACCCUCAGGUGCCCCCUGCCUCAAUUCAUAUGGCUUCUGGUCCUCAGACCCACCUGCCGAGAGGACCUGUUCCCCAGUUGCCUCAGAGUGCAGUAACUGCACAGCAUCAACCUAUACCUGGCCAACCGCCCAUACCAAGUAUCCCACAGCAGCCCCUGCAGAUUUCCAGCCAAUCUCAGCCUCAUAUUGCUCAUUCUGGGGGGGUAUGUUACCCCGGUGGAGCUCCAGUUCUGCCUCAACAGCCUUUGGCACCCCAGCCAGCAGCUUCCCUUCCUAUGACCCAUUCUCAGCCUUCUAUGUACUCUUCAGUUCUAGGGACUAAUUUACCUCCAGGUGCUCCACAACAACCCAGUGUCGUGGGGCCGCAUGCUCCCCCUGCUCCACACAUGAUUCAGCCCUCUGUUGGAGGCCCUCCAGCAGUGCAGCCAACCAACACUAUCCCCCCGUCUCCAACCCCAUCUCCUGGUCCUGCCUCUUUAGGUUUGAAUCCCCAGCAAAGGCCCACACCAGCCCCCACUCCUGGAAGCUCAGGCCCACCCUCUCUUCCCUCUCCCUCUGCCGUUUCUCCCUCCACGUCCAUGUUUCAACGAGAGAACUCGAGCACAGAUGAUCUUCUUUCCUCCAGCCCAGAGAGCCAACCUGGAGGCACCAAGGCCCCCACCAACGUCCUCCAGCCCACUAAAGCAGACCCUCAGGAUGGGGAGCGUCGAAGGAAGAACUCCCAAGGAGUUCUCCUCAUUCACGGUGAUCCAUACCAAGCACCGGAGUGCGUUGCCCGUCUUCACGGUGAGCUAGAACGUUACAGAGCCCAAGUAGAUGCCCUGGAGCACCCCUCAGAAAACGAGGGGGGUCUGUCAGUGCUGGAUGCCCGCUGGAAAGAGCUACAGGACCAACAAGAGAAGGAUUCCCGCCAGCUGUCUAUAGCUAUUGCCCGUUGUUACACCAUGAAGAACCGGCACCAGGAUGUUAUGCCUUACGACUUCAACCGUGUGGUGCUGCAGUCAGGCAAAGACGAUUACAUCAACGCCAGCUACGUGGAGGACUUGUCGCCAUACUGCCCUCGCCUUAUUGCCACGCAGGCGCCGCUCACCGGCACAGCAGCAGACUUCUGGCUGAUGGUGUACGAGCAGAAGGUGUCGCUGAUAGUCAUGCUCGUUUCAGAGCAGGAGCUGGAAAAGGGAAAAGUUCUGCGGUACUUCCCAACAGAGCGCGGUCAGCAGCUCUCUCAGGGACCAAUCACACUCAGCCUAACCACACAGAAGACGACACCGACACACGUGGAGCGCAUGAUCAGUCUCCAGUACCGCGACCAAAGCCUGAAGCGUACCGUCGUUCAUCUCCAGUUCACUUCCUGGCCAGAGCUGGGUCUUCCUGACAGCAAGAGCAACCUGCUGCGGUUCGUCCAGGAGGUUCACGGACACUACCUCCACCAGAGGCCCUUACACACACCUGUUGUGGUGCACUGCAGCUCUGGAGUCGGACGGUCCGGAGUCUUCUGUCUGCUCUACGCCGCCCUGCAGGAGCUGGAGGCAGGAAACGGCAUCCCGGACCUUCCACUGUUGGUGAAGAAGAUGAGACAACAGAGAAAGAACAUGCUGCAAGAGAAGCUCCACCUGAAGUUCUGCUAUGAGGCUGUGUUGAAGCACGCUGAGCAGGUCCUUCAGCGCCACGGCAUCACCACAGCCGCCUACAUCAAGAACACCAACGCUGCAGCCACUAAGCCUUAUUCGAGACAAGAGUCCCAGCAGGACAUCGUCCUCGGCGGGGACAUGCCUAUCAGCUCCAUUCAGGCCACCAUUGACAAGUUCAGCAUCCGGCCACCCAGCGCUACAGACCCCGCCAUGGAGGCCAGCGCCUCAUGUGGCCCGGAGCAGCAGUCUGGAACCAUCUUACCGAGCCUGGACUCGCUGGGUGAGCUGCAGUUGUUCCAGGACCCUCCUCCAGAUUCCCAGCCCCCGUCCUCCUUCAGCCCACCUCUCACCUCGCCCACGUGCUCUCCUCCGCCGCCCAACGGCCUCGACGGGUUCUCCCCAUCUACGCCACCCGUUUUAGAGGCCGCGCCCUGCAUCAGCCCGCCUCCUGCCGCUACGGCUCCGUCUGCCUCAUCCCUGGACCUGCUGGCCUCCCUCACGCCGGAGGCUUUCUCCCUGGAAGGAGGAGGUCGAGGGAAACAGCGAGUGACCAAGCAGAGCUUCCUGCAGCCAGCAGAGGGACAGGGUCUCCACGCGACCCGAGGUGACGACGGCAAAGACCCCCUCAGCAGCCUAGACCCCCUCUGGAGCCUCAGCAAGCACUGAGAACACAGGUCGCUGCUUUCUCUCAUGUUGCCACCAGGUGUCAGUAAAAACCUGUACCUUUUUCAAAUCCUUGGAAUUCUAGAGCUUUGGAGACUUUAAAUGGUGAUUACCAAGAUGUGCCUAUUGGCCAGCGAUGACGGUGUAAUCUCUGAAACAGUAACACAAACCUUUUUUUUUUUUUAACACUGGUGGCUUUUGGGACCACAUCACUAUGCACUUGUCUCUAUCCCGUCAUUUCCAUUUUGCUGCUUUUCUUUAAGUUUUGGGUAGAUGUGCACUUCCAGCCGUAGAUGUGGGCUGCCCGAAAAGAGAAAAAAAUCCAAGUAUGCACUCCGUUUUCACUGAGUUAAAGCAUCACAAGGUUGCAAUGACACUUGGCUGCAUAGAUUUAUUGAAUGGAGUCAUUUUUAAGAACAGGACGUUCCAAGUGUGUGUUUAAAUCAGUCAUUAAAGAACAGCACACAAACCAGCAUGUUUUUUAAAGUUGGCUUAAUUUCUUUUCUCUGUACUGUAAAUAUAUUAAAGUUAGGCUGCUCCAAAAAUUGUUCAUCUAGAAGAAUUACUAAUCAUCCAUCAUUGUAAAAAUAUUGAAUAAACCCAACAAGACAGCUGUUGUA